UCAUGCUUCGGGCGUCAUCGCCGCCGAUAGGAAAGUUGUGGUUCUUCCUUGAGCAUUACAUUUCGUCUAUGGCACUUUGACCGAUAUGACUAUGCACUGUCCGGCCUGCGCAGUUGGCAAGUCAUGUGCACUACAAAGGCACAAGGACACCGUCUGCUCCUUGCACUUGGCAGCAAGGUCUGUAGCAAGCUUCACGUGUCCUCCUCACAGGUGCGGCGCGUCCUUUACGCAGUUCACCGAACAUGCGAGCACGCAUAGAAGCUGGCAUCGUGUACUCACCUUAUACCUACAGUCCGCUCGCAUACGACGGAGCGCUCUACGGCUCUCUCAUGGAACGACUAACGGCGCAUGGAUCAACGACUGCUUUGGUAUGCGGACACGACAAGCUGACUUACUGGGAGCUGCGAGAUAAACUGCAACACUGCGCUGCAGGAUUCCACCGGCGAGGCAUUGGCAAAGGCGAUCGGGUCUUCGUGCACAUCGACAACUCCAUCGAAAGCUUUGUCGCUGUCUGCAGCGUUCCACUCACGGGAGCCACUUUAGUGUCAUCCGACAUCAUGUGGAGAGAAGACGACAUUAUCGACAAAAUUGAGAGGUCUGGUGCCACUCACGUUCUUUCCGACGCAAGUCACAUCGAAAUGUUCACUCGAAUCAUUAGCCGCUGCAAUAUCAAGAAGGUGUUUGUAGUGGGUGAGAAGAGAUACGGCUUCAACAGCGUCUUUGAAUUUGUCGGAAAUGACGAAUCGCUGAACGAAAACGAAAAGUUUGAUUAUGGCGACUGCACUUUCGUGGAGUGGACCACGGGCACAACCGGUGCAUCGAAAGGCGUCGAGUAUCGUGAAGAGCGCUUCCUGCGACAAAUCUCAUGCGUUGUCGGUGCCGAGAUGUUUGCUUGCAAUGACGUCUUCCUGGGCGACUGCAAUAUUUCCUGCCUCAUGGUGUUCUUCCUGUGGCUUCUGGCGCUUCACCUUGGAUCGACCAUCGUGAUCAGCCGAACGUGCGACGCUGUGCCUCUUGACCUUUUCGAUGUCAUAAAAGACUGUAAGGCAGUGACGAUAGUGAGCUUCCCUUCGAGGCUAAAGCGGAUGCUAAACUUUAUGAAAACGUCCGAGGACUGGGACAUUGCUUUGAGAAAAUCACUGAGGAGGAUCAUCAUUGUUGGCUCCGUGACACCACCAGCGCUGGCAGAAGAGCUGGCGAGCACAUUCCAGUUGGACGAGCUUCGCAGCUGCUACGGCAUGUCGGAAGCCGGAGGAUUUAUGGCUGUUCCUCCUAAGGGAGAAGUGUCUGGCACGAACGCCGGUUUCCCAAUACCUGGUGCCAGGAUGAAGAUAAUAGAUACAGUCAGCAGCAAGGUACUCGGACCCAUGCAGUGUGGAGAAGUGCUCUUCGAUACACCGCUCGCUGUGACUGGGUACUGCGGACAUCUCGAAGAUGCGACUGACUUCAUGGAUACGGAAGGCUGGAUACAUACGGGUGACCUCGGGUACUACGAUCACGAUGGUAGGCUGUUUUUGUGCGGUCGACUGAAGACAAUGCUCGUGUGCCAGACGAGGAAAGUAUCGCCAUCUGAGAUCGAACAUUGCCUAAUGGGACACCCCGCCGUAGAAGAGGUAUCCGUGCUAGGCAUACCCUCUCCGUACGAUGAAGAGUUCCCGGCUGCCUUGGUCGUCACGAAGCGCGGACAUUCCCAAGACCAGCGACUCGCCGACGCGUUGAAGCAUUACGUGGCAGAUCGAAUGGCUUCAUUCAUGCACCUGCACGGUGGAGUCUACUUCGCCGAAGCAUUACCGAGGAACACCCGUGGGAAGGUUCGAGCCACCUCACUUCGAGAAUUGCUCGGAACGCUGCGCAGAAUGGACAGCACGGACGAAAGUACCGCAGGCGAUUGCAUCUACUAGAAGUGCUUCGGGUUCGGCGUCAACGUCCUGCCUGCCAUUACUUAAAUGCAGGACCUCCGAGGCCUUGUCUUGAACACCGUUGGCGUGGCAACGCCGCAUACGUAGACGUUUGAACGUUCAAAUUACCUGAGCGAGACACCGAGAAUUACGCUUAUUUCAUUACAAGAUUCCACCUGUGGCAAGUUGUUAUCUUGUACACUUUUCAUUUCUCUUUUACUUUUCAGUAUUGUAUUUCAAUAAAAAUUCUCACUUGAUUUCUGCUAUGGGGAAGUUCACUGUAUG